AUGGUUUUAUUACCGGUGCCUUACCGCACUGCGCAAUUCUUCGCCUUCUUCCUUACUACCACAGCGGCUUAUGCCCUUCCCCGGGCCACCCCGGCGCCGGCUUUGACGCCGGGACCACAUGUGGCAGGACCGCCGGGAGAUCCUCAGAUUCUACCUUGCACUGCUACCAUCGGGGUCACUUACUCCCGUCUGCCUACACCGCCUUACUGGCCAUGGUGUACUGAAAAUGGGGGUGUUGAACGCGUGUACGAAGCGACGCGCACGGUGCAGCAGCAGGUAGACUGCCGAGGCUGCCUCGCCGUGACCGUGGAGACCUUCCCUGCUGAAGCUUCAUGCGAAGAUGAGUACAGCGACUACUAUAGCAAUGAUGGCGAGGACGAUGAUGGAUACUACGCCGCUCGACCGAAGAAGAGGACUGAAGCAGCAGUUGGAACGAAGACGAUAUACGAGACGGUGUGCUCCCCACAACAACACCGAUCAAGAUUCAAGGCCGACAGGAGGAGCCGACACCUACACCAGUCGUCAUUGGUGACGAAGGCGCAGCGCAAGCUCCGGCAGUAUCGACACCGUGCGUGUCUACGUUGGUGGUACCCGAGGUUUGGGUCGGACUCACGGUGA